AUGUUGCAUUCACUCAUACUAACCAUCCUCCUCAUCCCGGCGUGUUCCGCCACCACCAUCCCUGCCGCCACCGAAUUUAUCCGCACCAGCUGCGGCAACACGCUCUACCCCGACCUCUGCUACCACUCCCUCUCUCGCUACGCCGUCGCCGUCCGCCGGGACCCGGCCCGCCUCGCCGCUGUUGCCGUCCGCGUCAGCCUAUCGAGCGCAUCCCGAACGUCGGCGUAUCUGCGCAACCUCACCGGACGGGCCGACUACGGGCCAAACCCCCGGGCCGCCGCCGCCCUCCGGGACUGCCUGUCGGUGUUCAAGGACGCGGUCGACCAGAUACGAGAAUCUCUAGGGCAGAUGCGCGGCCUGACGGGGAACGGCGAGCGGCUGAGGUUCGAGGUCAACAACGUGCAGACGUGGAUGAGCGCUGCCCUCACCAACGAGGACACGUGCACCGACGGGUUUGAUGAUGUGGACGACUGUCCCGUGAAGGUGGCCGUGCGUGACCGGGCGUUGUGGGCUAGGGAGGCGACGAGCAAUGCGUUGGCGCUCGUGAAUGGUUUCGUUACUAAGGUGACCGGCCCGUGA